AUGGCAGGAAACCCUUGGGCAAAGAGAGACGCAUGGAGAUACGAGGGCCAAUUCAGCCGUAUCAACAGAUUCAAAAGUGCAUUCCCCGGUUUGGGGCUUGGUGCUGGAGCCUUUGUACUUUACGUUGCUUAUGAAAAGUUGGUGUUGAAGAAGGACGAUGCCCACCACCACUGA